AUGGAUGCUUCUCGACCACUCUCAAUCGUUGUUGGUGAUUUCAACAAUGACACUCAAUUGGAUAUUGCCGUUGUGAAUUAUGGGACGAGUAGUAUUGGAAUACUUCUUGGAGUGAACAAUGGAACUUUUGCAACAUCAAUGGAAUACUUCACUGGCUAUGAUUCCGAUCCACGAUCACUUGCAGUUGGAGAUUUCAACAAUGAUGGUCUACAAGAUAUUGCAGUCGCUAAUUUUGGCACAAAUAAUAUAGGCGUAUUUCUUGGUUAUGGAAAUGGAAGCUUUCAAAGUCAAAAUAUAUAUUCAACUGGAUCUCAUUCUCAUCCAUAUGCUAUUACUACUGCAGAUAUCAAUAGAGAUAACCGACUCGAUAUUGUUGUCACGAAUGCUGGAAAGGAUAACGUGGGUAUCUUUUUAGGAUAUGGCAAUGGGACAUUUGUAAAUCAAAUCACUUUUUCAACUGGAAAUGGUUCUAAUCCACACUCUCUCGUGGUUGCUUACCUGAACAACGAUAUUUUUCCAGAUAUUGCUGUAGCUAACUCUGGUACUGACAAUGUUGGGAUACUUAUAGGCUAUGGUAAUGGUACAUUUGCCAGUGUAAAGACGUAUUCAACUGGCUAUGGUUCUAGUCCCCAGUUUGUCACCGUUGGAGAUUUCAACAAUGAUAAUCGAACGGAUAUCAUCGUAGCCAACAAUGGUUCUGACAAUGUAGGUGUUAUCUUCAGUGAUCGAAGUAUAGAUUUCUUAGAUGAGAUCAGUUAUUCAGCUGGCCUUGACUCAUCAGUGAUGUCUAUGGUUCUUGGCGAUUUGAACAAUGACAAUUAUCUGGAUGUUGUUGUUGCUAAUUAUAACACCGAUAGUGUGGGCAUACUAUUAGGUUUCAGCAAUGGAACAUUUUCAAGCCAAACAACUUUUCCAACUGGCUCGGGAUCUGGACCAUAUUCGGUGGCUGUUAGUGAUUUAAAUCAUGACAAUCACAUGGAUAUUGUUGUCGCCAAUUAUGACACCGAUAGUGUGGGCAUACUAUUAGGUUUCAGCAAUGGAACAUUUUCAAGCCAAACAACUUUUCCAACUGGCUCGGGAUCUGGACCAACUUCGGUGACUGUUAGUGAUUUAAAUCAUGACAAUCACAUGGAUAUUGUUGUUGCCAAUUAUGACACCGAUAGUGUGGGCAUACUAUUAGGUUUUGGUAACGGAACAUUUGCACGCCAAAGAACCUUUUCAACUGGUUCUAGAUCUUCACCAAUCUCUGUAGCUAUUGCAGAUUUUAACAAUGACGGUCAACCUGAUAUAGCUGUCGCGAAUUAUUAUGGUCAAAACAUUGGUAUAUUGUUAGGAUAUGACAAUGGAACAUUUGCAAGUCAAAUUACUUAUUCAACUGGAGAGCUAUCAUACCCAACAUGUGUCACUGUUGGUGAUUUGAACAAUGAUUUUAUAAUGGAUAUUAUCGCUCCUGCCCGAUAUAGAGACUAUGUAGCGUUUUUUUUUGGAAUUGGAAACGGAUCGUUUGGAAGUCGAAUUUCCUAUUAUACUGGAUAUCAAUCUGCACCAGUAUCUGUUGUUGUUGGAGAUUUAAAUAAUGACAAUUUAUCGGAUAUCGUAGUCGGUAACAGUAACGCCAAUUAUUUAAGUAUAUUUCGAGGAUAUGGCAAUGGAAUAUUUUCUAGUUUAGUUAUGUAUCCAAUCAAAAGCACUGAUACCGAAAAUUUUGUCGCCAUCGGUGACCUCAAUAGAGACGCUCGAUUGGAUAUCAUCAUUACUAACUACGAUGGAAAUUGUGUCGUUCUUCUUGGAUAUGAUGCUGGUACUUUUGCUAGUCUGAUCGACUUUCCAACCUCCUAUGCCUUACUUCCAACUUCAUUAACAAUUGGUGAUUUCAAUCGAGAUCAUCGAAUGGAUAUAGGAGUAUCUAAUUUUGUCAGUGACAAUCUAGAUAUAUUUUAUGGGCAUGAAAAUGGAUCUUUCAUAAAUGAACAUACGUUUUCUGUCGGCGAUAAUUCACAUCCCCGUAUGAUUAUUUCUGCUGAUUUGAACAAUGACAAUAUUCUCGAUAUAGCCGUCGCCAAUACUGGCAACGACAACAUAGGGAUGCUUAUUGGAUAUGGAAAUGGUAGUUUUCGCAGCAUACAAACAUAUUCUACUGGUUCUAGAUCAAAACCAUACACUCUGGCUAUUGGCGAUUUUAACAAUGACAAUCGAAUCGAUUUUGCUGUCGCCAACUAUGGAGUUGGCAAUGUGGGCGUAUUUCUUGGAUUUGAUAUUGGAGCGUAUACAGCACUUCCAGUCUUAGUCCUUUAUUCAACUUCAUCUGCAAAAAAUCUGCAAUACCUUGCAAUCGCUGAUUUCAACAAUGACAAUAGAUCGGAUAUUGUAUUCGUUGAAAGGUACACUAAUAUUGUUGGUAUAAUUCUUCAAUAUAGCAAUGGAACAUUUGCAAGUCCAAUAAUUUAUUCAACUGGCUCUUUGUCGUCACCGCGGUGGGUAACUGUUGGUGAUGUUAACAAUGAUAAUCAUCUGGAUAUCGUUGUCGCUAAUUCUGGUACAAACAAUAUUGGCAUAUUUUUAGGAUAUGGUAAUGGGACAUUUGCAAGCCAAAUGACAUUUUCAAAUAACGGUUUUUCGCCAUUCUCUGUAACUCUUAGUGACUUUAACCAUGACAAUCAACUGGAUAUUGUUGUCAUUAAUUCUGCUGCUAAUAACAUUUGUGUAUUCUUAGGAUCUAACAACAGAACAUUUGUAAGUUCAACAACUUAUUCAACUGGUUCGGAAUCGACACCGUAUUCUUUGGCUGCUGGUGAUUUUAACAAUGACAAUCACCUAGAUAUUGUUGUUGCUAAUUCUGGUACAAACAAUAUUGGCGUAUUUUUAGGAUACGGUAAUGGAACGUUGACAAGUCAAAUAACCUAUUCAACUUAUCCUGGAACUUCGCCAUGUUCUGUAGCUGUUGGUGAUUUUAACAAUGACAAUCAACUGGAUAUUGUUGUCGUUACAUAUGACGAUGGAAGCGUUGUGAUUUAUUUAGGAUACGGUAAUGGAACAUUUGCAAGACCAACAUUUUUUUACACUGGCAGCGGAGCUCAACUUGUGUUCGUGGCUGUUGGUAAUUUAAACAAUGAUAAUCAUUUGGACAUUGCAGUUGCCGCUGCUUUCCACAACGUUAUCUACGUACUUUUUGGUUAUGGAAAUGGUGCUUAUACAUAUAAAAUGCCGUUUGCUUCGGGCCACUUUUACAAUCCGCAACAAGUAGUCUUUAGUGAUUUUAACGGUGAUGGUCGACUAGAUUGCGCUGUGUUUGAUUAUUUUCGAAUUUAUGUAUUUUUUGGGUCUGUCAAUGAAGGCUAUCUAGAUAUGGUGCCAUUUUCAACUGGGGCUAAUUCAUCACCACGAUCAGUUAGCAUUGAUGAUCUUAAUAAUGAUAAUCGACUUGAUAUUGUCGUCGCCAAUUCAGACAGCGACAACAUUGGUGUAUUUCUGGGAUUAGGCUUUGGAGAUUUUGCAAAUCAGACUACAUUUUCUACAGGUAAUGCUUCGAAGCCAUACUAUGUAGCCCUUGGUGAUUUCAACAAUGACAAUCGAACAGAUAUCGCUGUGGCUAAUUAUGGUAUUGGUAAUAUUGGCAUAUUUUUAGGAUAUGGCAAUGGAAAUUUUACAUCACAAGUGACAUAUGCAACUGAUCCUACAUCUGAUCCUUAUUCAGUUGUUGUGGGUGACGUAAAUAACGACACUCGACAAGAUAUUGUUGCGACUAAUUUUUACUCUAACUAUCUUGUUAUUCUUUUCGGUGUCGGAGAUGGUACUUUUGUCAACAAGACAAUCAUUCCUAUGGGAUAUGGUUCUUUACCAUCAUUUGUUGCACUCGGUGAUGUAAACAAUGACUAUAUUCUUGAUAUAGCUGUCACCAAUUAUGGGUUUGGAAAUAUAGAGAUUCUUUCCAAGAUGUGCUAG